GCGUUGCGUGAAUCGAUGAUCAGUUCGAAGAUGAGUUGAUUUAAUUGACAAUUACCAACUCAUUCAUACACGUGCAAGGGUGACAAAUCAAAGCUGCACACCUCCAAGCACUACCACCCCGUCUCCAAUUGCACCAUCGCCUACAGCCACACUCCAGUCCCAGGCGCAAAACAGUAAACGUCAAGGCCGAAAUACCGACGUCAGAGACUCCAUCCUUGCUAUAAAGCUUCGGCAACCCCUCCACAAAACCCCAAAACAACUCGCUCCGGCGCAUCGGAACGUUACCCACACACAUGUCUACUUUCUUCCGUCGUCUAUUUUACACAACAACGCCCGCCAUGUCUGAAGCAGCAAAGCAAAAGGCUCAAAAGCUCAUUGACGAGAACGCCGUUAUGGUGUUCAGCAAGUCAUACUGCCCCUACUGCACCGCCACCAAGUCGAAGCUCAAGGAUAUAGGCGCAAAGUACAACGUCCUCGAGCUGGACCAGAUUGAUGACGGCAGCGCCAUCCAGGAUGCACUUCAGGAGAUCACCGGCCAGCGCUCGGUUCCCAACAUUUUCAUCGGCCAGAAGCACAUUGGCGGCAACUCGGACUUCCAGGCACUCGGCAACUCGGAAAGCUUGAUCAAGGCGGCAGGUGCUUUGUGAGAAUACCAAAAGCAUUGUCUUUUGUGCAGCACACAUUUCAGAUGUUGUGUUACCCAUAAGCAUAGAGGCUGAGACUGUUACCGGCGAUAGGAGCAAGCGUGCGGGUAGUUCGUCGCUGUGAACUGCGCAGGAAUAUAGAUCUAUAGUCACAAUAACCACAAUAAACAUACCUAAUCAUACUUGUGUGUUCAACUACAGCA